AGAUGGUUCAGCUAUGCCGAGUUAGAACUUGCCACUGGUGGAUUCUCUGAGGCCAACUUCCUGGCUGAGGGGGGAUUUGGAUCCGUUCACAGAGGGGUUCUACCGGAUGGACAAGUCGUUGCUGUCAAGCAACAUAAAUUGGCUAGUUCUCAGGGUGACCUUGAGUUUUGCUCAGAGGUAGAAGUCCUGAGUUGUGCUCAGCACCGAAAUGUUGUUAUGCUGAUUGGAUUCUGUAUAGAGGAUAAGAGAAGGCUACUAGUUUACGAGUACAUAUGCAAUGGAUCAUUGGAUUCACAUUUAUAUGGGAGACAGCGAGAACCAUUAGAAUGGGUUGCACGGCAAAAAAUUGCCAUUGGAGCUGCUCGUGGGUUACAAUAUCUUCAUGAAGAGUGCAGAGUGGAAUGCAUUAUCCACCGUGACAUGCGGCCUAACAACAUUCUCAUAACUCAUGAUUUUGAACCACUGGUUGGUGAUUUUGGAUUGGCGAGGUGACAACCUGAUGGAGACACGGGUGUGGAAACCCGAGUAAUUGGAACAUUCAGGUAUUUGGCUCCUGAAUAUGCUCAAAGCGGCCAAAUAACUGAAAAAGCUGAUGUUUAUUCAUUUGGGGUGGUAUUGGUGGAGCUUGUUACAGGGAGAAAAGCUGUGGAUCUCAUGCGGCCUAAGGGACAGCAGUGUCUUACUGAGUGGGCACCACCUCUGUUGGAAGAAUAUGCCAUUGAGGAACUGAUUGAUCCAAGGCUGGGGAACCAAUACUUAGAAAAUGAGGUCUAUUGCAUGUUGCAUGCUGCAUCAUUAUGCAUACGGCGAGAUCCUCAUUCUAGACCACGCAUGUCACAGGUUCUUCGUAUACUGGACGGCGACAUGGUCAUGGACACAAGUUACAUUUCAACUCCAAGUUAUGAUGUGGGAAACCGGAGUGGCCGAAUCUGGUCGGAGCCGCUGCAGAGGCAGCACCAUUACAGCGGUCCUCUGUUAGAGGAGUCACUUGAAUCAUUCAGUGGGAAGAUAUCUCUUGACAAAUACAAGCCUGCAUAUUGGGAUAGGGACAACAAAGCAAGAAGGACUUCAUGUGAAGAUGACAUUUAGAAAGGGGUUGAUACUUGAUCAAAAUUGAAAAUUGCUUUUUUCUUGUUAUGCUAAAUUUGUUUAUUUUCCCUCCUAUUUUGUAAUUUUGCAUCUUUCUAUCUAUGUUUCUGCAGUGAUCUAAUUUUGCAUGUGUAUAAUAGCAGGGUGAAAGUAGGAUAGGUAAAAAAAUAUAGAAGCUUUUGAAAUUCUUCAGGGAAAAUCAUGUACACACUAUUGUGCCUAAAAGGGCCUCUUUGACUUGAGAGAGUUUGUGGGGUCUUGAAAUGAAAUGAAAUGGAGUAGCUUCUUCUAAGUUCAAA